UGCAAGAUAAUGAUUAAUGAAAAAAAAAAAAAAUAUUGAUUAACUGUCAUUAUUAGAAAACGCCAUUUUUGUAGAUGAGUUCUCUCCCAUCUGAAAUAAGUGACUAUACACAACACACAUACAUACAUUUGGUUUUCUAUGAUCUACUUAUAAACAAAAUAUCUGUCAGAACAUGAAAUGUGUUAUUUGUUAUCUUUCAUUAAUUAUUUCUUAUUAAUAAUCAAAAUGUACAUUUUUUAUUGAUAUAACGACAAAAUUUUAUUAUUUAUUUAUAAUUUGUAUCCAGUACACUCGUAAUCAUAAUUAUUUAAAAAAAAUAACAUGAUGUUUUGUUGCUUAAAAAAUUGUUUCAACGGCCUUGGGUUUACCGGAGUAAAAGCUCCACAGAAAGAGUUUAAUCCUAUAACAUUGGAUACAUCACAUAUGGGUCAUGAAGUUGUCGUUGUAAUGAAUGGUUUAAGAGUUUGUGGACAAGGAUGCGCACUUACAAAUGUUCCACUGGUACAAAGUAAAAGCUAUUUUGAAGUUAAAAUAAGGCAAGACGGUAUGUGGGCUGUCGGUUUAGCAACAAGAUCCACUAAUUUAAAUACAACUGUUGGUGGCAAUGAUGCUGACAGUUGGUCAUUCAAUUCUGAUGGUUUUAUUAGACAUAAUCAACAGGAGAUUCAUAAAAUUACAAAUCUUCCUCAAGAAGGCGAUGUUAUUGGAGUGUCAUUUGACCAUAUAGAACUUAAUUUUUAUAUCAACGGAAAAAAUAUAAAUGCACCAGUAAUGGGAAUUAAGAGUACAAUAUAUCCUGCCCUAUAUGUCGAUGAUGGAGCUAUUUUGGAUUUAAUUCUUCAAGAUUUCGUUCAUCCACCAGCACCUGGUUUCGAAAAAAUCAUGGUUGAACAGUCAUUACUUUAAUUUUUUUCAAUUAUAAUUACUAUUUAUGUUUACAAAUUACUUAAUUACAAAUAAAAUUUAUAGUUUAAAAAGUGAACUUCAUUAUAUAAGAACCUGUGUAUAAAAAAAAAUAAAAAAAUUAGUGAUUUA